AUGAAUAACUCACCGACCAUACGUCGCCAAAUCGGAAAACUCUCAAGACAACUGCCGAGACAUAUUGGAGCAGUCUACGACGUCCUCACUGAUUACGAGCUGACAAUCGACAAUGUGCAACUCAACCAUGUCGACUCCAAAAACCUCCCAAUAUUGCGCAAGGAUUGCGUAAACGCCCGAUCGAAUCUGCUCAUCAGCUAUACCAGGCUAGAACAACUUCAUCAGAACUGGAUCGCACUCAUUGCUGCAAACAAAGAAAGAAGAGAAAACGGUUUCAUCCCCACCACUACGGCUACAUCAGAAGCUUCCUCCCUCGACUCACAGAGCACGAAAGCGAGACAACAGAACGACAUCUCAACACCAGUCACCCUGCAAAAUGAACAAGUGGCAUCUCCACAUCAUCCUAGACCCGACAUGAUCGACCAGUCCUCGCGAAAUCUUUGCAAUUUCGUCGAUGCAUCUCUUCUCAGCAAAGUGGAUCUUCCAAUGUUCAGCUGUUCGAUUCUUGAGUUCCCAGAAUUCUGGGAACGUUUUUCCACCUUGAUCGGGAAUAAACCGCACAUCGAUGACGCAACCAAGUUCUCCCUGCCGAAAUUUUCACUCAAGGGAAAAGCACUCCACUGCAUCCAAGGCCUCCCGAUUACAUCCGCCAAUUACCACAUUGCGGUGGACAUUCUCAAAACGCACUUCGACGAUCGAGUGACAACCCGACAUGUGUUGUUCUCCAAAUUAGCGAGUCUCCCACCGUGUGACCCAACAGGAAAAGAGCUACAGGUACUUUACAACCAAAUGUAUGCUCUAAUACGACAAUUUUGCACUUAUGAAGACGACAGCAAGGAAUAUGGUCUUGGAGCUAUUCUCCUAAACAAACUACCACGCCAUGUGAGAAGCCGGAUCUACGACAAAACCAACAACCAAACCAAUCUUACACCAACGGCACUCAUCCGUCUUCUCACGGAUAUUGUCAGGAAAGAAUCCACGUUGCGUGAAAUGGAGUCCCAGGAACCCGACUCUACAAGCAGAUACACGUACCACGUCAUUCAUAAUCAAACGCAAAUGAUCCGUUCAAAGAAGGUCCUGCUAUCCGUCCGUCAGAAAAGAUGCAAUUUCUGCUCGAAGAUGAAUCACAACUCUUUCAACUGCCAGACAUACAAGACGGCAUCAGAAAGAAUCCAGGUCGCCAAAAACAACCGCCUCUGCUUCAACUGCUUGUCUGGAAAUCAUCUAACGAAGGAUUGCACCUCGAAGAAAACGUGCUCUCAUUGCUCAAAACGACAUCAUACGUCACUCUGCUUGAGAUAUUCUCAGAGAUCGCUCGCCUCAACGCCAAUGGCGACGCAGACAGUUCACGUAGCUAACCGUAGCGAACACCCUAACCAAACUGAGAAGAACCGAUUUCAUCGACCAUCACAGCGACAACAUCACGAACAACAGGGUCACAUACACUUCUCGGAACAACCUUCACUCCCAUCCAACCUUGCAGAACCAGCCACUACCCUUCACACCACUCAGCUACCACACGAAACAGUUAAACCUCCACUAAUGUGUGCUGGCGUCGUACUCUUCAACCCAAACAACGAAAAUAAGGAAGUUCACGUCACGGCUCUAUUGGACACGGGAGCAUCUCAAUCCUACAUCACAAACGAUCUGAUCGAACAACUCCAACUACAACCUUCGAACCCACAACGAAUAACAAUGUUUACGUUCGGAACGGAAAAACCGAUGUCAAUGGAAGCCACUAACCACGAAAUCGGCAUCCGCUGCACGAACAACACCACACAUCUCCUCCACGUCCAAGUACUACCUAUACUGACCAGGGAUAUAAACAUAUCCUAUCUACCGAAUGGAUAUCGCAUCUUCGAAACGCGCAUCGGCAAAAUCGUGGCCGACAACACCUUCCGGCUCUACACCUUGAAUAACGUCGUCUACACCUUCUCCACUUCAAUGACCAUUCCCGCUCGCCACUCCGACCUGGUAGAACUAGUAGAACGCUUCUGGUCAAAUGAAUUUUUAGGAAUGGUCGACAAUCUCAAUCAAUCCGAUGACGAUAAGUGCUUGGAAGACUUUAACAACUCAAUCAAGUACAACAAGCAAGAGCGCCAAUAUUCGGUAAAACUUCCAUUCAAAGACCAGCUAAAGAGAGGAAUAAUAGAAGAAAUCGAUGAAGGCCAAUCCGCCAACAUUAGUCAUUACCUCGCUCACCACGGUGUCAUCAGCGGGUCGAAAAAACACACGAAGGUACGCUGUGUUUCCGAUGGUUCAGCAAAAAAGAAAGAAGGAAUGAGCAUCAACGAGAUACUCCAUAAAGGACCAACAUUAUUACCGGACCUACUCGGAGUCCUUCUUCGAACAAGAACAAUGCCAAUAAUGGUCUCCAGCGACAUUGAAAAAGCCUUCUUGAUGGUAGAACUCCAAGAACAGAGCCGAAACUACACUAGUUUUUUCUGGUUGCGAGAUCCUACAAAACCAGCACGUCGAAUAUAG